UGAUUGAACCUGUCCCAUUUAUCAAUAUCAAUCCUUAAAGUUGUUUGUUAAAAAUAGAGGCAGAAAAGCAGGCCAUCUGCCUCUUAGCAUCGUGGGGCUGUAGUGAGGUUUAAUCCAGAUUACGGCUGACCGUAUUUUUUGUUGUCGGUGUCUGUUCCCUAGCCGUCAGUGCAUCCUUCAUUACACACCCAGGCAGCAGGACAGGUUAGCUACACAGAAUAUACAGGAUCCCAUUGGACCUAACCAACCGAUAGCAAUCCCAACCCAACGGUAGAAGCCAGGGAAGCAACUAGUCCUAUUUACAAUAAUAUAAUAUCUAUAUAUCCUAGUACAGCAGAACUCCAUAGGGGAUCAAGAUGUUCCUAAUCAAGACCAUGAUGCCUAACCCACUGGCUGGUUUGAAUCCUAUGGGUGGAGGAGAGGAGGAAGCGGAGGCGGCCCCUGCAGACCCGGCCAAGGCAGCAGGGAUGACACGCGAGGAGUAUGAGGAGUACCAAAAACAGUUGGUGGAGGAGAAGAUGGAGAGAGAUGCCGACUUCUUACACAAGAAAGCUGAGAGGGCAACUCUGCGGGUGUGCCUACGAGACAAGUACAGACUCCCAAAGAGCGAGCAGGACGAUAACAUGCUGGCCAUGGCUGGAGACGACGUGGACGUACCCGAGGAGCUGCUCAAGAUGGUGGACGAGGAUGCCACGGAGGAGGAGGACAAGGACUCCAUCUUGGGUGGCAUCCAGAACCUCCAGAACAUGGACAUGGACCAGCUCAAGGAGAAGGCCUCGGCCACCGUGACGGAGAUGAAAGCCAAGGCAGAGGAGAAAUGCUCUGUCAUGUAAAAUAAAAUAAAAUGGAAGAUUUCACUUCAUGAACAGCCGGUCCCAAUUCUAGCCCGAUUCGAUCCCUUGGCCCUAACCCUUCAAUGAUUGCAGAUCUGAAGGUGGAAAAAUAUGGUGGAAGGUGUACCACAACACUGCCUAUACUUAUUAAGAGCAUUAGACAUGCUAACAUAGAGGUGUAAGGGAACAAGGGGGAGGGAAAGGGAGUGAUUUAGGACCGACUGUAAACAAACCGAUCCUAUAACGGUCUCCACUCUCCACCGAGCAGACCUGGGUUUACAAUAAGUAUCUAUUUUAAAGCUCCUAUAUUCAACUGGUGGACCACAUCUAUUUAUUGUUUAAAAAAUGGAACUCGAUCGGGCUUCGACCCCUGGUAUCAUUUAAACACACAUAAGACGUGUAGAAUUGCAGGAAAUUAGCUUUGAAGCAGCAACACAAUUCUCUGUCCCAUGUGAAAUGUGUUGAACUGCAGGGAAUUAGCUUUGAAACAGCAACACAAUUCUCUGUCCCAUGUGAAAUGUGUAGAACUGCAGGGAAUUAGCUUUGAAAGAGCAACAAAAUUCUCUGUCCCAUGUGAAAUGUGUAGAACUGCAGGGAAUUAGCUUCGAAACAGCAACAAAAUUCUCUGUCCCAUGUGAAAUGUGUAGAACUGCAGGAAAUUAGCUUUAAAACUGCAACAUUUUCUCUCCGCCAACAAGAGGGGGGUGAACAGUUUGGGGUCCAAUUGGUUUGUGAGGUAGGGUUUGUUACUAUGCCGAUAAAUGACAUUAUCCAUCUGGACCUUAGCCACAUAGAACAUUUGUUUGACCGGACCUUCUCAACUAGUACUUGAGUACCCCUGUUUUAAAGUCUCCUUUGUGUGUUUUGAUUGAGCCUGUCUGGGGAGUGCCAGAUGGACGGGCCGAGUUGGUUUGCACUUUUGGUACCAUUCCAUUGGCUCCAUAAUUGCGCCAGGUAAGCUCAAUCAAGCUCAGCUGAAAGAAAACAGAUACUAUUUGAACCCAGGUCUAAGAGAGUCCUCUAUCUCCCCCUAUCAAUGAUCAAAUCUGUGAAAUCUGCAUGGCGACAUGCAAUGGUAGCAGGUCUUUCGCUGAAAUGGAAGUUAAUUUCCCAAACAACUUCUUGUGUGAAUCGGUUUAUGUUUUGAAGUCUCCCUGUAAUUUGCUGUUUGUUUAACUUGUAAAAGUACGUAUUUUUUGUAUGUGUGUGAAUGAAUGCUGUUUUAGAUUGUUUCUCCCCAAUGUGUGUUAUUCUCCAUGUUUCAUCUGUUAAUUAGGAAAUGAUGGCACUUCUUUUACAUUUUUUUGCAACUGACAAUAUUGCAAAAUGCAUUCUGUUGCAUAUCCUCCUCCACACACACAAUAGUACAUCUUUGACAAUCACCUCUAUCAAUGUUUAUCCAAAACAACAAACAUAAAACACGCCUGUAAGAGAUAAAUACUUGCAGUUUUGCACAAUCCAUCAUUUAAAUAAAAAUAUAUAGUCUUUAUUCCAUAAUUAAACAAACUGUACAUUAACAUUGACUGACACACUGGAGUACUAAUGUUAAGGAUAUUGGAUUACUCUAAAAUAUAUGUAUAUUAAAUGUAAAGUUAUGUUGUGCUGUUAGAAUUAUACACGUUCAUGCAGAAGCCAAUGACAAAUAAAACGACUGACUUGUAUAAAAUGGC